AUGGCGAUCGAUAAUGAAGAAAUUGAUGCAAGUGCAGUAACAGUCGGAGGAGGUCAUAUCUUAAUUGAUCAACAUCAUCCACUGUUCCUUCAACCAUGCGAUACCCCAGGUAGUUCUCUAAUUUCAGUCAAUUUAAUUGAACCUGAGAAUUAUACACUGUGGAGUAGUACAAUGCGUGUGAGUUUACUAAGAAAAAGUAAGCUAGGGUUUGUGGAUGGUAGAUACCUUAAGGAAAAGUUUGAUAUAACUCUUCAUGAAUUGUGGGAAAAGUGUAAUGCCAUAGUACUCUCAUGGAUCAUGAAUUCAGUAAGUGCUGAAUUGCUAAAUGGCAUGGUGUAUGCCUCAAGUGCUCACAAUUUGUGGAUGGAUCUCAAAGAGAGGUUUGAUAAGGUCAAUGGCUCUCGUGUGCUGUAUCUCCACAAACAGAUUGCCACUUUGACUCAAGGAAUAUCCUCUGUGUCAACUUAUUUUUCUAAGUUGAAGGAACUUUGGGCAGAGUUUGAUGCUCUUAUUCCUUGCCCCGGGUGUGGCAAUGAGGAGUCAAAGAAAAAAAAUAUAGGUAUACCAAACAACAACACAUGUCUAUUCAGUGGGAAAGGUCAUAAUAACUCAAGAAGCUCUACAGGAGGAAAUAACUACUCUGGUGGACAGGUCUAUGCUGGAGGAAACAAUUAUAGACAGAAAAGGAACUCUCUAUAUUGUGAUUAUUGCAAUUUUAAGGGACACACCAGGGAGAACUGCUACAAGCUAAAUGAAUAUCCCUUUGACUUCAAGACUAAGAAAAAAUUUGGCUCAGGGAAUGCAGAACUCUUCAGUGGACUGGUGAAGGGGAUUGGUAGAGAAGAUGGUGGGCUAUAUGUGUUCUACUCCGGAGAUGUCAAUACAACUGGACUUCAAGUUCCUAGUACAAUUCCAAAAUUUGUAGUUCCUAAAACACCACCUACUAUAAAUAUGAUCACAAAUCACAGAAUAAUAGAUGUAGCCUUGUGGCAUAAGAGAUUAGGGCAUACACCUAAAAAGACUUUGAGGAGCAUUGCUGUAUUUCAGAAUUGUGCAUGCAAAAACACUACUAAGUCCUGUACUGUAUGUCCUUUAGCUAAACAAACCAGGUUUCAUUUUCCUUUGAGCACUACUAACACUAAUGUAUGCUUUCAUACAUUGCAUGGUGAUAUGUGGCGACCAUACAGAGUCCCUACCUAUGAUGGCAAGAAGUAUUUUCUUACUCUUGUAGAUGACUACUCUAGAUACUGUUGGAUAUUCUUACUUCCUACUAAGGCAGAGGUGAUUGUUGCUCUUAGAUCCUUUCUUCUAAUGAUUCAGAAUGUGUUUUCAGCUUCUGUGAAGAUCUUUAGGUCAGAUAAUGGGAGUGAAUUUCUUAACUCUCAAGUGGCUGAGUUAUUAAGAUCUAAGAGAAUUAUUCAUCAAAUCUCUUGCAUAUAUACUCCACAUCAGAAUGGAGUUGUAGAGAGGAGACAUAAAUAUAUUUUAGAUGUUGCCAGGUCUCUAAGGUUUCAGACAGCUGUUCCUCUUUGA